UGAUGAAUAGUAAAUCACAAUAUGCCAUCAUUACUAUAUGAUUGAAUUAUCUGAAGUAUAAUACAUCAAUUGAUCUAUCAUAGCAAUUAGCAAGGUAAUGUAACAUGAAUGAAAGUACAGUUAGAAAUUGACUUAUUAUCAUUAAUAUCUAUUGCUACUACAGAGUAUUAUGUAAAAUCAUUCAUUAAAGAUGAGCGAAUCUAACCCAAUUUGAAAUGCUAGGGAUUCCUGCGUUCACAACAGUGAGCAUAUAAUAGCCUGGCGGCGCAACAUUUGGUGAUGGAGGAGCCUCCAGGACUGCAUUAUGUAUCAUUCCAUCCUCAUCCCUCUCUAUACUCACGCACUUAAGCUUUAACAUUCUUUGGUUCAUCGCCACUGAAUGUGUUGUAAAUGGAGGCGAGUAUACGGUAAAUGUGAUGUCGUCAACGUUUCUAGUAGGCCUCCUCCCCUCGAGAGUGAAUCUCACCCCAAACUCCAUCCCGUACCCGACGGCGGCCCCGGGAGGGCCGUCAUCGCUGAGAAUCGAGACAUUUUUCGGUCUUUGAUUAUCAAACUUACGUUCCAUAUAGUCUGGAAUGAAUGCCUGCAAUCGGAGCUCGGUCGGGUGGGCAACAUUGUUGAAGAUGUAGCCGUCGUUUGGGUUACUUCCGGCAACUAAGACUCUACCGUCAGGGAGGAGCGUUGCCGUGGAAUGGUACAUUCGGGCGAUUUUGGUCGCCCGAAGAGUAGAAAAUCUCUUCCCGACCGGCUUUCGCGGGUUGUAAACAUACGGUUCGAAUGCGGGGCUCGCUCCGUUCCCCCACCCAGCGCAACCCCGCAUCACACCGUUGAUAAUCAGCACGCGGCCGGUCGGGAGCAGCAGCAUGUCGUUCAUCAGUCGUGGUCGGGGCAUGUUUUCCAUGUUCCAUUUGUGCUUAUUCCCGGUGAUCACCAUUCUCCCACAGCUCUUGAGCCCGUUUAGGAACCUCCCGCGUCUAGCCGCCGCAUACGCCCCCGCUCGAGAGCCGCCGCAUAUCAUGACCUCCACUUUCUGAAAGUUAUUCCUGUAGUCCAAUGGGAGGAUCACAGAUGACCCGGUGCUCGGGUAGUUCCUGGACCCGGGCCCGGGCAUCCGCGGGUACUCCUUCACGACUCUAUUCUUUCUGUAGUUGAAAAGAAUAGAGUCACGGUUAGCGAAAAUGAAGAGGUACCCGUCCGCGGAGAGAUGGAGGAACGGGUAGAGGUUAUUUCCGCCGGCGUUCCUCUGGAAGGUGCGGUGGAGGAAAGGGAGGUCAACGGGUUUAGGCAUGGUGGACAACCUAGGAACGAAUUCAUAAGUGAAAGCCCUUUUCCCGCCAACUAUAAUGACCCUAUCAUUCCUUCCGGGGAGAACCUGGUUAGAAGCGUACCAUCUCUCAUCGGACAAGUGUUUCUUCCCGGUCUUCCAAUCGCAAAGCUUGUUCGUACAUGGGGGGAAGUACUGGAUCCGGCGGGAGCCGUCUCUGUACCCUCCGGUCUGCAUGAUGGUGCCGUUGCUAAGGAUGGAGCCGGAGGAGCACCACGUGUCGGAGAUGAAAUGGAGGGGCCGAAUGGUGUUGCUGGAAACGUCGUACUCGACGGAGUGAGCGUAGCAAGCUGGGUCCGACAGGUCUUCCCUGGUGCCCUUGCAUCGAGUGCCGUUGAACCGGCGCCGGAGCUGGAAGCCGGACCUACCGGAGCCUCUCUGGUCGAAGAACACGACCGUGUUACGGUGGGUCAAGGCCAUGUGCAUUGCCACAACUCCGGUGUUUUCCAUUAGAAGUUGCCACCGACCUUGUCCCGUCGCCGCCGCGUCGCUAACCCCGUGCUGGACCGCCGAUGUGUUUAAGGCGGCUUUGGAGGGCCUGAUUAUAAGGAAUAGGAUUACCAUGAACGUUGAUGUGCAUAUGGGUUGGAAUUGACCGUUCAUUUUUUAGAUCAGGUCAGGACUAAUUAAUUAAAGGAACUUUUCACAGUUACAAUGAAUGUUUAUUUUUAAGCACCC